AGAAUGUAAAAAAUAAUAGUCAACUACUUGCAGGUCUUGAAAAUUUUAAAAAAGGAUAUGAAAAAGCCAAAUUUUUGUCAAACGGAAAGUUGGCUUCUUAUCUUUACCAACGAAACUCCACUACACAAGCUGAAUUGAUACGAAGUGGUGCCAAAAUCUGGGUACAACCAGCAUCCAUCCAACAAAGAAAGCGUAAGAUAUCUCAAAAAAAUAUUAACCCGACUAUUAUAGGUGCACGCAAAAAGAGAAGAACUUCCAAAAAAGUACAUAAUUUAUCAAGAAAUAUUACUGAGAAUAAGCAAAAUUAG